CCAAGCCUCCCAGAAUCUGCCAAGACCCUACGGAGACGCCCCUCGCCAUGGCGCGAGCCCUGCUCGAGCUGCUGGCGCCCAGAAAAGAUAGCGCUCGUGGGGUCGAUUGAUGACGCCCCCCUUAGCCGAGACAUUGCUAUCGCAUCCGGUGCCCAGAACUUUUGAGGAUGGGAAGCUCACAUUUCAUCGCUCCCCUGAGGGCUCCGCCACGCGGCAGAAGACGGGCAGCAUUGAGCGCUUGGAGCGCUUCGAGCGCGCGCGCGACCGGAGUGCAAGCCGCAGCUCCUUGGGAAAGAAGGCCUCCCUGGCGGCGUCCCUGGCGAGCGAGGAAGGCGUGCGACCCAUCCGCUCACAGUCCGCUCCCUCGAUGUUCUUCCACAGUGAUACACAGCCCGAGAGCUUGUAUCGCUUCCCCUCAGCUCCACAGAACAAGCGAGGAGCCAAAAGCUCCACUGACCUUAUCGAAGUGCAGCCCUUGACCGCCGCCGAGCUGAACCACUUGGGCCGCAUUUUACAGGGCCAGUUUGGUCACUUGGAGGAUGAGGUCAUGUUGGCACCUCCAACUCCAGCUCAUGGCAACAGGACUCCAACUCCAGCGCCGGAGGAUUUUCCAGACUUGCAUGCCGAUGGGAAGAAGCAGGGCUUCAUCCACAGACUUGCUGACAGCCAAUGCUUUGUCAGUGGAUUCAUGAUCCUGACCAUUUUCGCGCUCUUCGCGCCCGAUUUGGAUCUUCUCUUGGGAACGGUGCAGUCGCAACAUUCUCUCAGCCUGGUCAUGACCUUCGCUUGCUUCUUGUUUGUGGUUGAGAUCAUUGUGCAGAGUAUCGGCAAGGAGGGGUAUCUUUUCCGAGCCUAUUUUUGGUUGGACGUCAUUGCCCUCAUCUCCUUGCUGCCGGAUACAUGGCUCUUCAGGGAAGUCUUCGAGAGCAACCAGGCCUUUGUUGCUGGGCGCUCCUCACGCCUGGCGCGGCUCUUGCGGAUCGCCUCGCGGUCUUCCAAGGCAACACGGCUGAACCGCCUCACUCGCAUCGUCCGGGUUGCGGCGCUCAUGCCACGGCUUGGGAAGAUUUGUGCCAAACGGGUGAAGGUGAAUGAUACGAAUCGGGUUCUUGACAAAAAGUUGAGACGAGUCUUCAACUUCAUCGACACCGAUAUGGAUGGUCUCAUCCCCCACAUGGCCGUGCUGAGCGUGAUCUCAAAGCUGAAGGCGGGUGGAAAUGCGGAUGAGAGCACGGCACUGGUGAAUAUGCUGAAGUCCAAGGUCGUCAACACUUUGGGCAUCGCGCGGAAGACGCAAAAGUCUGAGCCUGCCACGAUUCCGGCCAUGCUGUCUGAGGGCACGAGGUCCAAAACCUCCAUCGACUUUGGCGCGCGGUCAAAGACUUCCCUGGAAUUCCUCGCGGAGUCCCCUUGCCAAUCUCAGAGUUCUGCAGCUUUCGCUGAAUCUCCAAGAGAUGCCAAACCUGUCUCAGAGAGCAAUCACACAAGUCCAGGUCGCCGAAAGUUUCCACUCUCCAAAAGCCACACAAGUAACUUCCAAGCGAAGAUGAAGUCCAUGGCCUUUGCUGCCUCGUCGACUUCGCGGCAGAGCCCUGAGCAGCUUGAGGAGGAUUCUGAGGAGUUGAUAGAGUUUGCGGAUUUUAGAAAAUUGAUGCUUGCUGAUGAGUGGGUGGCCUCGAGACUACGCUCUGCGUGUGAGCAACAGCUGAAACAGGCAAGCAAUAUGAAAAAUCUCACCUCAAGGCAUGCAGAGCAUGUUGCGGUGAAGGUCGCUCUUGGUGUCCUCCUGCUGCUCUUUGUGCUGAACCUCAUUGAACCAUCACUCAACAACUCUUCACCAUUGCGUGGCUUGCGCUUUUGCGACAAAUUUGUGCGAAGCGAGUUCAAUCUCACAGCGGAGGCUGAAGUACCUGAACUGGUCAAAGAGCAAGUUGAGGUCUGGCUAGACGCUGUUGGGAAGAGCAUAGGCACAAGAUCCUUGCUCUACCUGGAUUUGGACAGAAAAGUCUAUUGCAGUGAGAUUCCGGGGCACACAGGCGGCCCUUGCAACAAUGCCUCCCACUUUUUGGGCUCGCGGCGUGAGCUUCUCGUGCUGGACGGCGACCUCCGAAACACGGGCGUGAGGCAGUCUGAUUUGCUCUUGCUCCGAGUGCCAGACUUCUCUGAUGAGGAGGUGUCACAAGAAGAGCUUGAGCAGCGGACCACGGCCGUGGCCGUGCUCUUCGACCGGGUUCACAGCUCGGUGGAGGCCUGGAUGUCGAUUCUGACCACUUCAGCCGUGAUUUUUAUCAUUCUCUCUGGAAUCGUCCUGCUGACACGGGACCUCACCUUCCUCUCACAUCACCUGCUGAGGCCGUUGCGAGAUCUAGCUGAUGAGAUGGAAAGCAUUGCGCAGCUCCAAUUAGCUGGAGUCUCGAAUACAGAGGAGGAAGAGGUGGGUGGAGAAAAAGAGACGAGCGAGGUCCAGCUGAUUCGCAGGACCUUUGGGAACAUGAAGAAGGCAGUUCGCUCAUGGGGAAAGUAUGUCCCAUGGCCAGUUGUGCAAACUCUUCUCCGAGCUGGAGAUGAAGCCAAGUUGGAAGUGAGAGAAAGAGAGGUGACCAUGUUUUUCUCUGACAUCGCCAAUUUCACUACCAUCGUUGAGGGCUGGGAGCCUGAGGAGUGCUUGAUCCUUCUGAGUCGUUACUUCAACGACAUGUCGAAGGUGAUUGACGACCACGGCGGCGUGGUCCUGGAAUUCAUUGGUGAUGCCAUUCAGUGCAUCUACGGUGCGCCUCUCUACAAUGACAACCACCCAGUGGUGGCUGUGGAGGCCGCACUGAGAAUGCUCAGUGCCUUGCGUCGGAUCAAAGAGUGGUGCGCUGAAAAGGGCCUUCCAGAGGUGAGCAUCAGGUGUGGGAUCCACACCGGCAACGUGCUCGUGGGCAACAUGGGCUUCCGUUCUCGGAUGAAGUACGGAAUUGUAGGCGAAGAGUCCACGAUCGCCGGACGGCUCGAGGAGCUCAAUAAGACUUACAAGACCCGAAUUCUCAUCUCGGAGAGCACCUACACGAAUCUUGGGCCCCAUGACUACUUCAUUCGCCCCGUGGAUUUCGUCCAUCUCAGACAGGCUUCCACAGAGAAGGAAGCUUGCAGCGAGCUCAUCUAUGAGGUAAUGCCCAUGAGAGCCAAGCGGCCAUCGAUGGUCAACCGCAUCAUCUCCCUUCACCAGGAGGCAAUCUACGAAUACCGGAGACUGGAGUUUGCCAAUGCUGCAAGGAAGUUCGAGCAAGUGAAUUCGAUCUUGGCAGACAUAAAUGAUGGGGAGGAUGUGCCAUCAUCCUUGAUGGUCGAACGUUGCACGACGUUGACAAGAGUUCCGCCACCCCAAGAUUGGGACGGCACUUGGGACUCUUAUAGCUCUUAUGUUGACUCUCUUGGAGGAUGAAAUGCUUCAACAUGUAGGUGUUCUUCGGCCAGGUGAGAUGUAUUGAGUAUUUAAAGCCGCGUGAGGCUUAGAGGCUCGUUCGCCUAACCGCUCUGAAGCAGUUUGACCCGACGAUUUCCCAAAGUACAAGCUACUUGCUACUCGUAGUAAUGCCCUUUGUUCCUAAUUAGUAGCGAUGCUCUUGUUACUAGCUUCUUGCUACCACAAUUGGUCCCAGCCUUUGAGAUUGGACACCGGAUUUCCAACGAGUUGUUGUUUUAACGUUUUCCACUCUUGACAUUUCACAGCUGUGAACCAAUACCGAUUGUGACCCAUGCUUGCACCUUUGUUUGGGAAUGUCCGUCAUUCAUUAUACCGGUUCAGACGAAUGCAAAAAGUUUGAAGGGCACACAGGCACACUGUUCUUAGUGGCUGGGCUGGAGCUGAGUGUCACUGACCCGAGACUUGGUUGAGAAACACCAGGAGCAAGCUGCCAAGUCCAUGUGUGAGGCCUGUGAGGUUGAGUUCGUUCAGCUGGACCCAAACCGGUUGAGUAUGGUUGAGUCUUUUCAGCUGUCAAUUGCUUUCAUGAGGCCCGUUCGCCUAGUUUGCCUAAGUUUCAAGGUUUGCUUCAUUUAGACACAGUGUUCCGAAAUGCUCAGCUUCAAGGUGAUUCUCAGCCAUUUGUAGAUUUGCCAUUUGUGUGUGCUACUCGGGUCGAUUCCUCGGUUUUUUCGUGGGGCACCCAGUUUUCUGGGUUUCAACACCAGAUAUUGGAGACGAGCGAACAUGUUCAGGUCAGAGUGAAGAGAAAGUACAGAAACUAGACUUGCCCGUCGCCCAUCAUGGCCCUUUCUUGGUCAAAAAGGGAUUGGAGAUCUAAUGGAGCCCUAGACAAUUUAUUCGUAAAGCCAGAGGGCAAUGGUAAAUUGUUGGUAAAAUGUUUCCAAAGAUGUUUGAGAUCAUCAGCCAUCACCAAUAACAUGCCAACAUUCAGAUCGUGACUACUGCCCCAUUCAACCACACGGCCAGCUGAUCUAUCUUGGACUGACCGAGCUGAGGAACAUCACUUUUCUAUGAUGACUUAUGGCACUCCUCGUUUAACCAGUGUGAAGACCUUCGAACCACUCUGACCUAAUGGCUGCACAAGCCAGCGACCCGUCAGAGCAGCGGGCAGAGCAUGGCCGCGCAGGUUUCUCCCCACCUGGCGAUGUGAACACAUACGCUGGGUGUCUGGGAGUGGAGAGAAGAGUAGUGUGAAGAGUGUGUGGCUGCUUGGCUAUUGGGUGAACCUCAACUUUUCCAGCGCCCACACUUGUCGGGAAAGUUCGACUUUCUCAGAUAAAUGACUCUGCGCAGGGCAUAAGUCGCGAACGCCGUCCAUGUGCAGAAAGGUCACUCAAGCUGGCAAAAGCGCUGCCAGAAGCAUACAGAGAAAAGAUGAUCUAAAAUGGGAAGGCUGCUUUUGGUUCUACUUGUUGCAUCUUUUUGCAAAGAACUUCCAAAGACCAUAGAUGCGAAC